AUGGUUUUUGGAAGUCCUUUUUCAGACAAAUACUCGAAUCGUAUUCUAGAAAGUUUAAAAAAGAGCAGAAAGGGUAGAGAUGCUUUCGCCUCUUUUUAUAACUUUGUUAAUAGUACCAAGAUAUAUGACCAUGUUUUAAAACAUACACAUCGGUAUUGGCUGUUUAGCAUUUUUGGAGGCUUUAUUUCACUUUACUGUCUGAGCUCUGUUUGUGAUAGUAUUUGGAAACACGUUAACAGAGGAAGACUUUACAUUCAUUUAGAAAAUGAUCAACCUAAAGCUGAGUUGAAUGAAUAA